UUCAUGUAAAUGUCAAAGUCAAAACAUUGACUUGUCAUAAGAUAAGACUCAAGUAAAAUUUCAAAAUACCUUAGAAUUGUUACAGGUUUUCCUAUAAUAAAUUAAUCCAAUGGGUUCAUCACAAAGUUCUGAAGUGCCAGGAGGUGGUUCGGAGGGUUACCACGUAUUGCGGGUCCAAGAAGGUUCUCCAGGUCAGAAAGCUAAUCUCGAACCAUUUUUUGACUUCAUAGUAGCAAUUGAAAACACUAGACUAGACCAAGACAAUGAUACCCUAAAAACCCUUUUAAAACAGAAUAUUGAUAAACAAAUAAAAAUGCUUAUUUAUAGCACAAAGACUCAAUCCGUUAGGGAGGUGAUGAUUACACCCAGUGAAAACUGGGGAGGACAAGGCCUUCUUGGCGUCAGUAUUCGAUUUUGUUCUUAUGAAGGUGCAAAUGAAAAUGUUUGGCAUAUAUUGGAAGUUCAUCCAUCAUCACCUGCAGAACUGGGUGGUUUGAGGCCAUUUUCUGAUUACAUAAUUGGGGCAGACUCUAUAAUGCAUGAAAGUGAAGAUCUGUUUACUAUAAUUGAAGCACACGAGGGCAGAGCUUUGAAGCUUUAUGUUUAUAAUAUUAAUGAUGAUGCUUGCCGUGAAGUUGUUAUCACACCAAAUCACAACUGGGGUGGUGAAGGAAGUCUCGGUUGUGGCAUUGGCUAUGGUUACUUGCAUAGGAUUCCUAUAAGAAACAGCCAAGUUGCACCAAAUCAAAAUUACAUUCCACCAUCAAUGGUACCACAAAAUAUAAUGCAGCAGAGUUUAGUGUCAGGAGUGGAAAACUUAAAUAAAACAAACACAACACCACUUGUUAGCACAAAUCAGAGCACUUUACCAACAGUUCAGGCUUCACAACCACAAUUUUUGUCUGGAGUGCCUAUGGUCAACCCUGGUGGUCAUACUAACCCUGCUAGUGGUAUUCAACCAAAUAUGACUGGACAAGUCAGCGUACCAUCUGGGUUAUCUCAACCACCAAUGUCACAAACACAAUCUGUGGUAUCAAAUAUGGCUGCUUACUCUAGCAACCUUGCUGAUGCUACAUUGACCAAUUUAGGUAGUAUACCCUCAGUUUCUAAUAUGCAGCCACCAGCCCCCUUACCAAAUUUACCAGGUAUUCCCAUGAACCAGCCACAGCCCUAUAUACCAAUGAUGCCAAAUUAUAACCAACCCCUAAUUCCUGCACCUGCCCCCAUACAACAAACAUCACCAAAUUUAGUUCCCACUUUUGACAUGAGUAGUUUUACCCAAGCACCUAUCCAGCCUCCACCAUUAAACAGUGGUUUGCCGGUAGUGACACCAGUGUCAUUACCCGGAAUGCCAUCAAUAACUGUAAGCGCCACACUGCCUGUUUCUACCAUGCAAGAAAUACAUCAACAGCAAGUGCUACAACAGCAGGACCUGCUAUCAUAGAAGUGUUUGACACAGACUGUUAUUGAUAGAAUGUGCUCCAUCAAGUAAGUCCUGUAGAAGAUAGUGAUGUAAUUUUGCAACAAAAAGUUCAUUUUAUUCAUACAAAAACAUCAGCCGAGGUACAAGGUUCUGAAUGAAUCAGGGAAAUGUUAGGUAUGACUGUAAUCUGAUAACUAGUAUAAAAUAAUGCUGCAUUUUAAUUUGGAUUAAUGAAUAUAAUAUUAUGUUUAUUUAAUAAUGUACAUAAAACUAAUUUGCAAUAAAUACGAAAUAGCCUUUUAUAUAAUGUUGUAUAGACUGAUACAAAUAUUUCAAUAUAAUAUUAUUAAGGCAACUACAUACUUUAUCGUUCAGACCUUUAAGAUUUAAAAUACGAAUAUGAUUCAUUUGACCCUACUUGCAUUAGUUUUUUGCGGGACUUCUUUGUUGGUGCAGAUAGUUACUAGUAAGAGAUGCAACAGAUAUCCAAUUAGAUAAUAUUAUUAAAACCGGGUUUUUUCUGGUUUUUUUUUUCGACAUUUUAUGCUCAGUAGUUUUGGAGACAGGAGGGGAAUUCUAUAAGGAUUCCUUUUUUUUCAAACGUACGGAACCCUAACGAUGAACUAUAUCCUCCACAAAGCCACCCAAUAAUAUAUUUCUUAAUAGCGUAUUUCUUUUAGUUUAGUAAAAUCCAAGUUCUGGAUGGAUCUGGCUCGGCAUCAGUUGCAUCUCUGCUAUUGUUAGUUUUAACUAGCUAGUUUGUGCAUCUUGCAAUCUACUUGCAUCUGUUCUGUUUUAAUCGAUUGUUAAUUUUGUAUGGCAUUUAGUAUAUAAUAUAUAAAGUUAAAAUUGAGUUUGUUAUAAAUUAUCAAUUAUAUUAUCAUCAUAUUGUAUCUUGUAUAAAAUGAAACAAGAUGCAAUCAGCGACUAUAGUCGAAUUUUUAAUUAUACAAAGCAAAUUAACAUUUCCUGGGCCGCCUUUUGCCUAAAAAUAAAUGGUUUUGAGACAAAUAGCGUCUGAUAAUAAUAUGAAUCACUGAUCUAGUACGUUAAGGAUCUAUAAUAGAUAGGAUACAAUUAGAAUCGUUUGGACUCGUUAACUUUGACUUAACGUGCAACCCCAUGGGUUCCAUUCCCACCUUGGAUAAAUUUUUGUGUAAUGAACACAGUUGACCUAUGUAAGUUUGGAUGUCAACUUUCCACGUAGGUACACCUAUGUACGUAUUGUAUAAAAAUUGUAAGUACAUACUUUAUGUACGUAUUAUAUAAACAUUGCGUGAGCUGCCUAAAAAGAGAGGCAGAUUAGGAACUAAGAACUGCUUCAUUGGUACAACUGAUUUUGAGCACAACUAAAUUUUAGAGUAUUCGCGUCCUCAUCUUACUAACGCAAUAUAAAAAGGACAAACACAGUUUGACAACUUUAAAAAUUUAGAGCUGUCGGACCUCGUGACUUUAGCUGCCAGUCGCGAAUCUAUUGUUUAAAUUUGUAGCGUGCACUAAAAUUAAGAUUCUUUAAAUGUAAAUUUCAUGUUCUGUCCUUUUUUAGCAUUAUUAAGAAGAAAAAGAAUCAGAUACUCUAAAAUUGGUAUAGAGAAAGACAACAGAAUCGGCGCCACUGAGUCAUUCACAAUGACGCAACAACCGUAUUUAACUUGGAUGAAUGAUUAUUUAAUCACUAUUUUAAAUAUAUGGCAUCAUUAUUUUAUAAUUUGACAAACUUUAUUAUAUUGCAUAUUGGCUCCUCUGUCAAAAUGCUUUGUUUAAUUGAAAAUUCUACCAUAGUUAGGUCAGGUAUUAUUAUUGUAAUUUACUUAAACGUACCUAAUUGCGAUGAUUAGCCUUUCUUGUGUUGAUGCGUAUAUUUAGCACGAAAUAAAAUAUACUUACAAUCAAUGA